CCAACAAGGGGCUCACAGCAGGCGCUCGUGUUCCGUCGGCAGGGUAGAAGUGAUCCGUUGGAGUUUACUUACAUACACGUCAGUAAGUGGAUUAAAGUGGAUUUUUGACUUUACAUGCAUUGAAAAAGGAUCUGGAGAAACUGAAACCCGUACUUCAACCUGUACAGCUUCUCAAACUGUCAUUUUCUUGCUGACUGAGCUCAGUUUUGCAAGGUCAAGCGAGGUUGAUAACUUAUCUAAUCUGCGAUGUGCAUGCAAGUGAUUAAUUGCCAGGACAACUCGACAGUUCAAGUCUCCAGAUAGAAAUAGUUCGUGUUCGCACAAAGAGAAUGUGGGGAGGAAAGUUAAUUAACAGCUUUUUUCAGUGGCCGCAAUUUCUUCCAUCUUCCUUGAAGUUUCUUUCCACGAGCGACCUUUGCACUCGCACGGUGCACGUGCCCUCAGCUGCAGACCUUACCCUCCGACCCCUGGCCUGUGACGUCAGCUGACCUAGAUGUGCUGUGGCAAGCGGUGCGAUCAGCUGAUGGGCUGGCAGUCGUACAACCUGCAAACUGCGAGGACACAUCGCACACACCUUCGUGUCCUGGCUGUGUCUCGCGCCUGCUAGUGUCAAAGUGUCGGAGGAGCUGGUGGAGGAGUCGUCUGCACGAGAGGAACGUGAAAGCCAGUGGAAUUGUCGUCUGCUCUUCCUUAACGCCGAGCGGUCGUCUGCUUUUUUUGUGCACCGAGCCAUCGUCUGCUUCAGUGAGUGCAGUGGCCGCGUGUAGUGUGUUGUGUCUGUGCUGUGCUGACAUCACACAGAGAACCGUGUGUGUAUGCUGCCAAGAACCGUCCAGGUGCUGACCCUCGAGGAAACAGCAGCGAACUGAAUGCACGAGUGGAUGCGUGCAGGAGCCUGGGUGGCGUGACAAGGAUCGGGUGCAGACGAGGCGAUGACAGGUGUAAAGUCUAUCUGGUCACCAAACGACAAGAAGAGCAGCAUGAGAUUAAACAUUGUCUCUUCGUAAUCUUGAAGACGAUAGAUUGGUAGUGAGUGUCGAUGACCAAAGGUCCUGCCAGCACUGUCACCUAGCGAAGGACACAGUUCGUGUAGCUGAUAAUGCUGCUCGACAGAUUGCUCCAAGUGUAAGCCACGAGGACAAGAAGGAAAAUAACUAGGAACAAUUUUUUGUGAUAAUACGAAAAGUAACUCCCCUGCCUCGGUUGAAUGUGAAGGGACAGGUAGUGUCAUCUAAAUAAAUAACAUCAGCACUAGCUGCUCCAACGACAGGUCACGGCAGACAUCAUGGUGAGUAAGAAGGACGGAACUGUCGAGAGAAAUAUCCUGGACAGGGAUAUAAGAGAGAUCACUCUCGACACCAAAGAGCUGGAUGAGGAUGAUGGAGAGUCGGUGUUGGAGGUCAUCCUGCCCCCCGCGCCGGAUGGAGGUUGGGGGUGGAUGAUCGUGCUGGCAUCGCUGGUGGCCAACAUCAUCGUGGACGGCAUCACCUACACCUUCGGCAUCUUUCUUCCUCGUUUCGAGGAGGCUUUUCAGCAGCCCAAGAGCACCAUUGCGCUGGCCGGCUCGCUGCAGGUGGGGACAUACCUGUGUGCAGGUCCAAUCGUCAGCGCUUUGACCAACCGGUUCGGGUGCAAGCGGGUGACGAUAGCCGGAAGUAUCAUCGCCAGCUUUGCUUUUAUCAUCAGUAUGUUCUCGCCCUCCGCUGACAUCCUCAUACUCACAUAUGGAAUAAUUGGAGGUCUGGGGUUUGGCAUGAUGUACCUGCCAGCCAUCGUUAUUGUCGGGUAUUACUUCGAGAAGAAGCGUGCCCUGGCCACAGGUAUUGCCGUGUGCGGGUCUGGGGUGGGCAUGUUCCUGAUGGCACCACUGUCCGACUACCUGCUGAGCGAGUUCGGUCUGCGAGGAGCACUGCUGGUGCAGGCAGGCCUCAUCCUCAACGGCGUCGUGUGCGGCAUGCUCAUGCGACCUUUGGCCUUCAUGGAGAAGGGGAAGCAGACAGGCAACGGUCCAAUCGUGGAGGUGGAGCCCUUAAUGAUGAACAGUGAGAACGGGCAUGAAGACAGGUCCGCAGCCAAGAGCCCUAUAUACAAACCACCCAAGUCACCCGAAAGACAACCCGUGACCGCAGCAGGGCAGCAAUUUAGCUUUUCAUCCGUCCCAAACAUCGUCUUCUCGUCCACUCGAACUUCAGAUAAAGGAGGAUCUAUGCGGCACACACCCAUCAAACGAGCCACCUCUCACAAUUUUACAACUGACAAAAUCCUCCUGCGCCACGUCGGGAAGGAGGUCACGCCGGAAGUCAAGCAGCCGGCCCAGAAGCCCAUCGGUCUCAGCUUCAUCGGCCUGUCCGACUUCAGUUUGAACAAAGUUCGCGAGAGGACACACUUGCCCCUUUCGCGCAGGGAUAUCACCAUCAGCGGCGGAAGCGUCCUGCACAUCCCGGAGCACAGUGUCCAGGAGUCCUACAUCCGCAGCCUGACCAGCAUCAAGAGCCAGGGGGCGAUGUCCAUCAAGUCGGAGGCGGAGCGCAUCUUGUGUUCUUGCUUGCCAGAGUCUGUCCGCGAGACCUUGCUGCAGAUGCUGGACUUCUCCAUCAUGAAGAACAAGGCCUACGUUUUCAUCCUCAUCGGCAACAUCUGUGCUAUGCUCGGCUUCUAUGUGCCCUUCGUGUUUAUCCCGGAGAGAGCCAUGAAACUGGGCUUUUCCGAAGAUAAAGCCGCUUUUCUACUCUCUAUCAUCGGCAUCACCAACACCGUAGGUCGAGUCCUGACCGGAGUACUUGCUAACCUCAACAAGAUCGACUCUCUAGUCAUCAACAACAUCGCCAUGCUGCUGUGCGGGGUGACGACCUUCAUCUAUCCUUUCUGCCAGAGCUAUGAACUGCUCUGUUUCAUCGCCGCUGUCUUCGGACUGAGCGUAGCUGCCUACAUUUCUCUGAGCUCCAUUUUGUUGUGCGACAUGUUGGGAGUCGAACAGCUGACCAACGCCUUCGGGUUCCUGACGUUGGCCCGUGGCGUGUCCUCCUGUGCAGGUUCGCCUCUUGCAGGAGCGAUAAUCGACAAGACAGGGGACAUAGGUCUGGCGUUUUACGUGGGCGGCGGAAUGAUCGCGCUAGGCGGACUAUUUCACUGCAUGCUUCACACCCUUGCGUCCGCCAAAAGAAACCGUACAUCACAACCACCAUUGAGAUGGAGGAUAUCACACCUUGAAACACACGGUGACCUGUUCGUCCUCGUCCGACAUGUCCAACGGUUUCUGACAGCCCUGCCGCUGAGGAUGACGGACGCUUUUAUUGCCGCCGUCGUCAGCGAAUGGUGGGAAGAGGGGUUAGGGGGGUGUGUCUACCUGAGACGACACGUGGGUCGCAAGGUGACUCAGUAGGGUGGUCGUGCCAAGUGAAGAAGUACGAUCAUAUCAGUUCUCGAAAAUGAUUGCUAAAUUUGGCGACCGGAUCAUGCCCAUUGAUUCAUUUUAUUAUUUCAUAUUUUGCUGUAUUUUUAAAACUUUUUUUUCAUUAAUUUUAUUAUGUGGUAAGACAUAUCUUAAAUCUAGUAGACAUGCCUCCUUCACUAAAACUAGUGAAAUGGAAGGAAAAUAAUGAAAAUAUAAAAAAAUGGAACCUCUCUCCCUCACUUAGUUUUUAGUACUUUAUAAAUAAUGUAGAAAGAAACAAGAUAAACUAAUAUGGGAAAGAACUAACAUAUUUAGUUUUUGUGCGGUCUUAUUUGUUUCCUGCUUUUCUUGCCCGAUAGAGCAAAAAAAAAAAAAAAAAGAUUAGGACAUCGAUUGCAUUUGGAAAAGGAAAUAACUACAUUGAAGCUCUGAUACAUUUUAAGAAUGACUAUGGAUAUAAUAUUAAUUCCUUUACAACAAUAAUGUUGGGUUUGGCUGAGGUUCAUUUACAGAUCAUUUUGAUAAUUAGUAAUCUCGUAAUCACUGUCCGCGUGACCGGAUUGAUAUUGGGGUCAAGGCCAGUGAAGAGACGAAGAGAGUAGUUUGUGAAGGGGAAAAGCAACAUUAUGGGCUGAGAAUAGAAGUGUGUUGCCUGUGUUUAAUGGGUCUUAUAUAAUUUUGUUCCAUGUGUAAAGUGGUUAUCAGGGAAAUUCCGUGAUUUUUGAUGAAAGGAAAACCAAGCAACAAGAGAGGAGGAGAAAGAGAGAGAAGAGAAAGGCAUAAAAAAGAUGAAGUGGGGAGCAUAAGGAGACGGAUGUAGUGGAAUGUCUGUCAGAGGUCAAGAAAUGUUGCUUUGUGCUAGCCUCCUCAAAUAUUUUCAUCUAUCAAAAGCUGCUACAAAAGUAGCUCUGCAUCUCUACACUUGUUCGACUGAAUGUUGCCGUAAAUGAUGGAAACACUUGUACAUAUUUUAUUUUCCAUUAUCCAUGUCUGUGUUUGUACUUCAAGGGCGGUCAUUCACUUUCCGUUUGCUCAUGAAUCCGUAUGGACACAUGUAACUGGAUGAUGAUGAAGAUGAUAAUAAUAAUGAUGUAAAAAAAAUGGGACAAGGAGAUGCCAAACAUUUAUUUAUCUAAGAGCAGGGUGUUGACUGCAUUUUAGCAGCAUUUUGCUUAGAAGGUGAGUUUGCUUGGGUCCCAACAUCACUGUUUACAAGCUUUUUGUGAUUCUAGUGUGUGUGCGCGCGCGCUUGCGGGGCAUAGCUUGAAAGUUAUCAGUUGUACGAGAGGACUAAGUCACGUGAAGUCAUUUUAAGUCAUCUCUGUUCGUGUGAGAGGAUGAACACGCUCAACAAAGAAUAGACCGAAGAUGUAAAUGUUGGAACAAUCCACCAGGGUUGGGUCGUAUUCGUGCUGCUGUCUGCUUCCAAAUAAUCUGCUUCACUUUGCUCAUUUCCAUAAUAGCGAAAGUCGAUCCAUUCCGAAGUCCAUUUUAUUCUUAAUCGACCUCAGCAUAAUGGUUGUAGACAUGUCUUUCAAUGAAGUGCCAAUGUCGGAUAAGAGUGCAUGAAGUUCAAACGACCGUAAGAGACAGUGUGGAUGGAUGAGAGAGAGACAGAGAGAAAAAGAAAGGUGGGAAGACAACUAAAGUGAUGUUUUUACAAAAUUUUUCAAAUAUUUUGAAAUAUUAUAAAAAUAGGAUUUGUAUAGCGCAUUUCACCACACAGAGCGAUGCGCUUCACAAGAGACCAGGGCAGUGGGGAAAGACUCCCUGGGAUGUAGUCGUCAUAGUAAUAUAAAACAACCCCAAACCCCACAAAGACCAACAUUUUUACUCACACAUUUGCAUAAAUACACGCAAGUUUCUCCGCACAUACAUUGUAAGUACGACACAAUGUGUUGUUCAGUCAAAGCCAUCUGUAAUAAAUAAACAGAUGUAAACCAGACUCAUCCACAUACAAAUAAGGUCAUUGUAACCUUUGAAUUUUGGUUUCUUUUCGUGUAAUCUUGAUCACCCAGUCAUGUUAAUAUGGUGAUGAAAAAAGAAAUCCUAAUUUAGAGUAAGAAAGAGAAAGAUGAAAGAGAGAUGUUGCACUUCACGCAAACUUUUGGAUGUCCAUUAACUUCAAGACAGUGCAGUGAUGUUAGUGUGUUUACCUGCAGUCUUUCAUGCAACUUGUCUUCUUGCACGGUGAAAGGACUAUUCAUCCAUGAUAAGAGUAAAGCGACAAAUGCGAAAUAAUUCAGCAAAAGAUGAGCUACACAGCCAUCAUCAGUGUUUAUAUAUCAGACUUUAAUGUCCAAAGCUGAAGUAUACUUUCAGCAUACAAAUCUUGAUGAAUAUAUUUGUAUAUAAUUUUAUCAUGCAUGGAAGAAAAAGACUGCAAGAGAAAGAGAGAGAAGCAGAUGUAUAAGUUGGACCCUUUUCGACACCUACUCUUAAGUUCAGUUUAUAAAUUUGUAUUUUUAAAUGCUCUUAAUCAAUCGUGUUAUAAGGUUACUUCCAAAAGUUUUAUCGUUUAAAUAUAAUAUUUCAUUAAAAUCAUGAAGAUCUUUUUAAAGAAGCCCUCGUUCUAUUGUGAUUAAAUUAAGCAUAAUGUCUUUUUUGAGUAAUUAAUUCUUAACUUCUUAUAUUAUUGAUACCAUCAUAGUUUUCACCACUUAAUAUGUGAUUCUAUGGUCAUUAUAUCAUGUUAAGAAAUAUAGUUUUGUUUGUUGGAGUUUUUUUUUUUUUUUUGAUAAACUGAACUUUUAUUGUCGCUGUUUAUAGAAGCUACUCUUGUUUAUGUUGUCAAAUUUUUACAGUUUAUGAGUUGACAUCAUUUAAUUUACUUUCUUUCGCAUUCACAUCAUAGCUUAAAAUUUACGAGGAGUAUUUUAAUCGCAUUUUUACAAAGACAUGCAUCCUUCUAAAGUCAUCAGUCUUCACUGAAAGUUGACCUGCGGGUCAGUGCCUUGAGCCUUUCUUGCUUGUUCACAAAUGCCUUGUCAAAUCCAGUGUGAAAUCUUGCCUUAAAGUCUGUGUGCAAAGUUUAUACUCCGCGUGAGACUUGCAUGCGAUUGUAUCGAAUGUUUGUCACACCAAAACUCAAUAAUAAAAAGUCUUACUAAUAAUGA